GUUUACAUAUGAAAUUGCACCUGUUUUUGUCCUCAUGGAGCAGAUAACACUUCGGAAGAUGAGAGAGAUUAUUGGAUGGUCAAAUAAGGAUGGUGAUGGAAUAUUCUCACCUGGGGGGGCUAUAUCCAAUAUGUACAGCAUCAUGGCUGCUCGUUACAAGUAUUUCCCUGAAGUCAAAACAAAAGGAAUGGCUGCUGUUCCUAAACUGGUCCUCUUUACUUCAGAACAUAGUCACUACUCAAUAAAGAAAGCUGGGUCUGCACUUGGGUUUGGAACAGACAAUGUGAUUUUGAUAAAAUGUAAUGAAAGAGGGAAAAUAAUACCAGCUGAUUUGGAAGCAAAAAUUCUGGAAGCUAAGGAAAAGGGAUAUGUUCCACUGUAUGUUAAUGCAACUGCAGGCACAACAGUAUAUGGAGCCUUUGAUCCAAUACAGGAGAUUGCAGAUAUAUGUGAAAAAUAUAACCUCUGGCUCCAUGUGGAUGCUGCUUGGGGAGGUGGACUCCUAAUGUCCAGGAAGCAUCGCCAUAAACUGAAUGGAAUAGAAAGAGUCAACUCAGUCACGUGGAAUCCACACAAGAUGAUGGGAGUCUUGUUGCAAUGCUCUGCCAUUCUUAUUCGGGAAAAGGGUAUACUUCAAGGUUGCAAUCAGAUGUGUGCAGGAUAUCUGUUUCAGCAAGACAAGCAGUAUGAUAUAUCCUAUGACACUGGAGAUAAGGCAAUACAAUGUGGUCGUCAUGUGGACAUUUUCAAAUUCUGGUUGAUGUGGAAGGCAAAGGGUACAGUAGGAUUUGAAAAUCAGAUCAACAAAUGUCUGGAAUUGUCAGAGUACCUCUAUACUAAAAUUAAAAACAGGGAAGAAUUUGAGAUGGUUUUUGAUGGAGAGCCUGAACACACAAAUGUAUGUUUCUGGUACAUUCCACCAAGUCUCAGGGGCAUGCCAGAUUGUGAAGAGAGAAGAGAAAAGCUACACAGGGUGGCACCGAAAAUCAAAGCACUGAUGAUGGAGUCAGGUACAACAAUGGUUGGAUAUCAGCCUCAGGGAGAUAAAGUCAACUUCUUCCGAAUGGUUGUCUCAAACCCGGCAGCAACUAAGUCCGACAUUGACUUCCUCAUUGAGGAAAUAGAAAGAUUGGGGCAGGAUCUGUAG